AGCCGAAGUCCUAUCUUUGCGUCGCCCGCCAGCCCGCCAGGGGCUCCACCGCCCUCACUUCGGCCUCGCUAGCCCGCCUGCCCCACUCGGCGGCUCCUCCGCCAGCAGGCGGGGAACUCACGCCCCUCGCGCUCCCCCGGCGCCCGAGGGGGCCGCCUCGGGCCAUGGUGCCCUCCCAGGAGGAUCCCGCCGCCGCGCGGGGGACGAGCGAGGCGCAGCCGCCCGGCCCGGCGCCCCUUGGGGCCGCUCCGCUGCCCGGCCUGGGACCCUCGGACAGCCCCGAGGCGACGGCGGCCGAGAAGGUGGAAGUAGAGCUGGCGGGGCCGGCGGGCGCCGAGCCCCCCGAGCCCCCUGAGGGCGGCUGGGGCUGGCUCGUGAUGCUGGCGGCCAUGUGGUGCAACGGGUCGGUAUUCGGCAUCCAGAACGCCUGCGGGGUGCUCUUCGUGUCUAUGCUGAAGACCUUCGGGUCCAAGGACGAUGACAAAAUGGUCUUCAAGACAGCAUGGGUAAGUUCUUUGUCCAUGGGGAUGAUUUUCUUUUGCUGCCCAAUAGUCAGCGUCUUCACAGACAUACUUGGUUGUCGGAAAACCGCUGUCAUGGGUGCUGCUUUUGGAUUUGUUGGACUCAUGUCCAGUUCUUUUGUAAGCUCCAUCGAGCCUCUGUAUUUGACCUACGGAAUCAUAUUUGCCUGUGGCUGCUCCUUCGCCUACCAGCCGUCGUUGGUCAUUUUGGGACACUACUUCAAGAAGCGCCUGGGACUGGUGAAUGGCAUCGUCACUGCCGGCAGCAGUGUCUUCACAAUUUUGCUGCCUUUCCUUUUAAGGGUUCUGACGGACAGCGUGGGCCUCUUUUACACACUGAGGGUCCUCUGCAUCUUCAUGUUUGUUCUCUUUUUGGCUGCCUUUACUUACCGACCUCUUGCUUCCAGUGCCAAAGAGAAAGAUAGUGGAACCAAAGGCGGCAACAGAUUCUCCCUCUUUUCCAGGAGAAAAUUCAGUCCUCCAAAAAAAAUUUUCAAUUUUGCCAUCUUCAAGGUGACAGCAUAUGCAGCGUGGGCAGCUGGAAUACCACUUGCACUUUUUGGAUACUUUGUGCCUUAUGUUCACUUGAUGAAACAUGUGAAUGAGAGGUUUCAAGAUGAGAAAAAUAAAGAGGUGGUUCUCAUGUGCAUUGGCAUCACUUCAGGCGUCGGACGGCUGCUCUUCGGCCGGAUUGCAGAUUAUGUGCCUGGUGUGAAGAAAGUUUAUCUACAGGUCCUCUCCUUUUUCUUCAUUGGUCUGAUGUCCAUGAUGAUUCCCCUGUGCAGCGUCUUUGGGGCCCUCAUUGCCGUCUGUCUCAUCAUGGGUCUCUUCGAUGGAUGCUUCAUUUCCAUCAUGGCCCCCAUUGCCUUUGAGUUAGUUGGUGCUCAGGAUGUCUCCCAAGCAAUUGGAUUUCUGCUCGGAUUCAUAUCUAUACCCAUGACUGUGGGCCCACCUGUUGCAGGGUUACUUCGUGACAAGCUGGGCUCCUAUGAUGUUGCAUUCUACCUCGCUGGAAUCCCUCCCCUUAUUGGAGGUGCUGUCCUUUGUUUUAUCCCAUGGAUCCACAGUAAGAAGCAAAGAGAGCUCGGUAAAAGCACUGAAGGAGAAAAGAUGGAGAAAAUGUUGGAGAACCAGAACUCUCUGCUGUCGAGCUCAUCUGGAAUCUUUAAGAAAGAAUCUGACUCUGUUAUUUAAUGUCAUAUACCUCCACCAGACUGGACUUGCUUUCAGAAGUUUAAGCAAGUUUUCCUUUUAUAUAAAUUGCAAAUUUCUUAUUUUUUUAAUCACAUCUUAGGAAUAGCACAAUAAUCGGGAAAUAGAACCCUUAUUACUACAAGAACCAUUUUCUGCCAUUGAAUAGCUGUCUGAUAUUUCCAUGAGUCUGAGGGUGGAGACUCAGACUCCAGUUUUCAUGUACAAGAAAACAUGUCUGAAAGUCAGAUAUUGUGGCGAUAUGAAGCUCUCUCAGUAAAAAGCAACUCUGGAAACUGUGAAUGCUGUUUAGCUUGUACAAAUAUUUAAAAAUACCUCAAGCUAUACGGAAAGGGUUGCAGUUUGGUUAGGACUGGAAAUAUUGUUUGUUGUCUCAUGUGGUGUUUCUCAUUUUGGUAUCUGUUUUAAUUCUUCUGCUAUUUGGGAGCUUCUUAACAGUAUUAAGCGUGGAUUCUAGAUACUAUCAGAUCUACGAAACCUCAAGUCUAUGUUAAAAUUACUUCCCUGCUGUUAAGAAAGCUAUGAAAUUAAGUUAUUCAGACUUGCUCCAGUGUCAAGGGACCUUCAUGGAGCAGGUGCUAAUGGUGUAUUCAGAAUCAAUCUGUGAGAUGAACAGGAUCCUGUUCCUAAGGGCAGAGCAGUUCAGAAAUCAGACUUUUCUUCCAUUUAUAUUUUUUCCCUUCGGAUUUGCAGUGUGUUUCACUCAAGCAGCCAGAAACACCCCAAAUUUCUGAAUUUGUUUAAAUUGUAACAAUGAAGUAAAAUAGAAUGAUUGAAAGGUAAUUCUGGCAUUUUUAACUUAGAAUUUUUCUGACUUCUGAAUUUGCUGCACAAGGACCAGACAUUUAAACAAAGUCUUACUGAGUAUGUUACCGAUUUGCCGUUUCAGGCACAAAUGGGAAAAAACAUCUUUGUGAAGAAAAUACAUAUUUCUGAUAGGAAGAAUUGCUCAAAUUGGUUAAAGAAAUUAAUGGUUCUUGAAAGGCUAAAAGCAUUUACAAAGAGAAACAACUCCUACAUUUCCAAAAGUUCCUGGAAAAAAUUUGCAUUCGUGUGUAUUUAUCCUAGUGUGUUCCUCAUUAAUAUUCCCUGUAUUUUUUCUAUUGUAAGAAAGCUAUUAGAGUUUUAAAGACUUAAAGCUGAAGUCAUGCUAUGACCCAUACUCAUCUUUAAAAUAUAGGAACACUUCUCUCACCCUUGAAAUUAUUUUAGUACAUUUUUUAAAUUUAGGUCUUUAAAAGUUAAUAAUAUGCAAAGCAUAUUUAAAUCCUAAAUAGAGAUGUAUAUUAUAUAUUCCUCAAAUGUAGCUUGUUCACCUGGGGAGAAUACUGUCUUUUUCUAAAGCACCUCCAGAUCUGGAUCUAUUUCUAAAUUCUCUGUACUGAGAGAAACAGUCUAUUAUCUCCCUACUUUUCUUUUCAGCUUCUAUCAUUUCUGAAAGGCAAAGUCCCUCCAUUCCUGUCUCUUGCUGAGGAUGGAGAUGCUUAGAAAGCAUAUGGGUUUGCAGUCGUUGAUGGAGGAGGAGAAGGGAAGUGAGGCUGUUAAUUAAACAGAAAACCCAAUAAUUUUUCCUUUCACUAUCAGCUUUCUCAUCUGCAACCUUGAAGGUUCAACGUGUAAAAAUGCUAAGUGUGGAAUUUACUUUUAAUAGGAUUUUAAAUAAUUUUGAUCCUUGAAGACAUUCAGCAACUUACUAUGCCAUACACACAGCCAUAACUUAAUACUUCCACCAAUACUUCCGUAUUUCAUAUUCAGGGGACUUAGAUAAUUUGUGUUUUGGAAGGUUCUGUUACAUUAAAAAAAAAAAUACAUUUUGACCAUCCUGCCCUUUCAUGUUCUUAUUUUAAGCCUGAACAAAAUGAUUUAAAUAGCAAUGUAAUACAUUAUUAGGUUCUUCAUUUAUUCAUGCCCAGUUAUAUAAAAUAUUUUUUCCUUGUUAUCAGUGCCUUUGAGAUCAGCAGAAACAUACACAACUAAGAACAGUCAUCAGAAAUUAUAAAAUGCUUAUUUUUUUUUUUUUACAGUUUCAGCACAGACUGCUGACUCCCCUGCAAUUUUAUAGAAGUAGAUCUAAAAUAGAAAAUUUAUUCUGUAAAGACCUAGAAUUUUUUAUUUUCAAAAUUUGGCUAAUUUUAGGAAAAGGGAAAAAAAGUACUAAUCUGAAAUUCAAAGAUUUGAUCUCGCUUGGUAUUUUCCAUAAUAAAAGAUCAACAUGACAAGUAUUAAUAAUAAAACUUAGAUCUCAGAAUAUUGUGUUUGUGUAUAAUAUUAUAUGUAGUUUUCAGUCUGAUGGAAUGAAUCAAACAGGAUCUAUAACACUGAAAAAGCUCUACUAUAAUAGACUGAUGGAGGGUGCUGUGCUGAUAUAAAGUUAAAAAGCAUAAAAGGUAAGAUGCUAAACUCCAUACAGUGCAUAUUUAGUAAUAUGCUGUUUGGUACAAAAAGUUCUAAAAGUCUAAAAUAUACAAACUAAGAACUAAUCACAAAGAUUUUAGACCAAGAAAUAUUUAAUCUUUCAAAGUAAAUCCUUUCUAAUUUCUGAACAGAGUAUUAGUAUUGCAGUAAAGUGACCUGAUGGGCCUACAUUUUUUUGUUUGUUUUUUGUUCAAUCCAAGACACUUUUCUGAGAGGAAAAGAAUAGAGACAGAAUUUGCUUUCUCAUUUCAUCAUCCUAAUUCUAAUAGGACUCAGCAAAUUCUCAAAUUUAAAAGGUUCUGGCAUUUGAGGCCAACAAUAACAUAAGAAGGGGAGUAAUUAUUUCUCUUUACAGAUCUGAUACUUUGCAACAGAUGCCCAAGGAUCUUCAGAAACAUUUUGGUUAAGUUUUAUGGCAUUGGAUAUUGUUGGGAUGCAUCCAUUUCAGCCACCCAGAUUACUGAUACUGUAUUCAAAAUUUAUAAGGCUCUUUGAUCACAGUUGCAAUGCUUCAUCUAUAGCCCUACUAUAAGACUUGUAAUUUCCACUGAAAAUUGCAUAGUGCUUGCAUUAAGCUUCAAUUUAUUUAUAAAUAGAAAUAAGACUUCAUUUGCAUUUCAUGAUUCAUAUAUUAUCUGUUUAUACAUGUUUGCAGACGAUCCCAUGGGCUCUGCCCAAGUAUGGAAAACCUUUAACGCUAUUAGCUUCAACUUUACAUGCUUUUAAAGUAAAUGAAUGCUCACUUGUAAGGUAAACAUAUGUUUACUUCUGGUAAUUCUAAUCCUUUUAACUGUACUUAAGAACAUUUUAAUUUGUGCCAUUGUUAUUUGUAAACUGUCCCAUAUCCAGAUGACUCUUCAUGUUAAAUCAAUAGGAGACUGAAUAGAAAAUGUGGUGUAAGAUUAGGGAUAGGCAACCUAAGGCAAGGGUGGCUGUGAGGAGUUCCUGGUGGUGCACUUCCAUGCCCUUUCGUAUGCCUCUUUUUUCCUUACUCUUUAUAUAUUCUCUUUAUCAUUCUUUUUUCCUUGCCUUCCCCCCAUCCUUCAAAAACCUGCUGAAGAGUCACUGACAUCCUUGCUUAGUGCUCCUGGUUGCUUAGCUGCACUACUUACUUGUCCCUAUGGUUUCAGAGGAUGGAACCACAUCCAAUUUUGUGUAACCUGGAAAAUGGCUUGCUCGCAGCUUUCAACUUAAGAGUUCUAAUGGUACACUGAAAUUUUUUUUUUAAUUAUGUGAUUAAAAUUGGGGGGUAAUCAUAUAAUUGUCACCUUUUGGGCUAAUGUAUAAAACUUUAUUUAAAUGUUUAAGGUAAAUGCUUUGAGAGAAAAGACUGCCAAGUUCUUAGCAUAAAUAUUUUCAGAGAGCAUACUUUUUAACUUUGAUUUUCAUAUUGCAUUAAAGUUUUAUACAAUCUGAGUCCUGAGAGCACAUCAUGGAGGAUGCCUUGGACUGUAGCGGGCCUCUGGGUACAGUUCCUAAUGAACCUGCCUUAGACUUAGGCUGGGUUAUACUUUAUGGCGAAUGGUAUUAAGAGUAAAUUCCCAGAAUCAAGAGAUACAAGUGGAAAGUAUAAGCUAAUUAGCUCCAAUUAAAAAAUAUGUAAAUAAUUUAAAUAAGUGUUUAAAAUUCUUCGUGAAAUUUAUAACUAUGAAAACUUCAUUGUUGCUGGAAUACACAUUAAGGAGCAAAGAAUAACAAGGUGGAGAACAGCAACACACAGCUCCUGGACUUACUGUGAUAUGACAGCCACAGCCAUGUUUAUCACUUUGUUGGCAGAGACGAAUGCUUUGUUUUGUAAAUACACUGCAAGUGAUAGGUUUCAAUUUCCAAGAAUAGCUAAAUGUGAAAUCUGCACAUAAUUUAGAAUCAUAAUUAUUGACCUACCAUAAAUAAGUAGUUUUACACAAUGACUCCUUCUGAGACAAUAAAGACCCAUGAAACAAUUCAUUGCCACAUCUCUGAACUACUCAAACCUUGAAACCUGGGGCAUAGUAGUUUAUUUAGCUUGUCCUUUUAAAAAUUAUUACUUUUUAGAAAGCAAACAUUAAUCAUCUUGGUCUCUAUACAAAGAAAUCCCCCAUGGUACUACUUUUUUGACAGAUAUAAAAUAAUAUAGGAAGCUACCUCAUGUAUGAAACAAGAUUUCAAUUUUUUAUUAGUACGUUGGAAAGACAUUGGGAAUGAAAUAAAACCUCUGUAAGUACUCGAUCAUGACGCUUACUUGACCACGGCAGUCUAUCUACCUCAGCUUUCGGUGUCCAGCUAAAAGCCCAGCUUAAUCAAUUGUUGCUUAAUCAGAAGGCAGCUAAUGGUGAUUAAAAGGCAAGGGAGUGCAAAUUGUUGAGGGGGUUGAAAUAUCAGUAAAAUUUCUUAAGAGCUUUGUUCUGAUAAAUGGAUUUAAAAGGAACAGAAAUGGAUUAGACUGUAUGCUUGUGCCUUAACCUUACAGCUUACAUGUUAAACUCCUGUAAGAGGCACCCCCUUUCUAGUGGGACAGGGACUGUGGCAAUGAAUUUUUGUCUCGCUGUAGUUUUUGAAAAUGCUAUCUUUGAAUGUGGCAAUUGUGUAAGAGUUAAUCCACAAAUUCUCAGUCUAAUUAAAGAUGUCUGUAGCCUUUUCAGAAUGGGUGCUGUGAAGAGUAUUUUAGAGUUGAAUGGCACUAAGCAUGUAUGUGAUAGAACUAUCAAUAUAAAAUAACAUUUCAGAAGUCAAAUUGGGUCUGUGAUACUAUUUUGGCAUCUCUGAUAAUACUUUUAUUCUUUACCAGAUAAUAUGUUUCAGUAUGUCAGUUAUUAGAAGAGUCCAUUUGCUAAAUGUGUGUAUAAACACAUAAACCAUUUCUACUGUGAUCAUCCCUAAAUGUAAUCUUCCAUAGUAUGUUCUAAUAUGCUGGAAAGUAAUAGGUCAACAUAUCUCAUAACUCAGCCUAUAUUGGAAUAUUUCAGGGACCCAGGGUUUGUUUUGAGACUGCUGUAUUUUGACCCUGGACUAUGAACAGACUGUAUUUGGUGCCUUUUUUUUUCCUACCAGAGAAAGACUGGUGCUAAAUUUCAUGCUCCUUUCAAAAUUAUUUUUUCUUUUUAAACAUAUGUAACACAAUAGGAAACAUGCAGAUCUAGCAGUAUUAUACAUGUUGCAUUUUGUAUAUACAUCUGAGGAAAAAACCUAUAAAGCAAUUAUUGAGUUCAAAUAUCUA